ACUUUCUUCCAUUGUGUUCCUUUUCUACUUUUUUGCGGAUUCUCACCAUCUUUAUAAUUGGGUAUGCUUUCCUGCUAUAUAUUCCUUCCUUGAUUGUGAGGGUACAUUGUUUCUCUUCUCUUCUCUUCUCUGCUCACGCCCUCUCUGAUUCUUUCUCUAUUUGCUUCUGUCCCUGCCUCUUCCCUUUGUACUCUCAAUUUGAAGGUAAACCCAGAUGGCAGAGUGCAACAGGGAAGACAAUUUCGCUGCCCACAACAUUAUUGAGCCAACAUCCGCGGGAAAGAAGUACCGUGGACUUGUCCCAAAGAAGCCUUUGAUAUCUAAAGAUCAUGAACGGGCAUUCUUUGAUUCAGCUGACUGGGCAUUAUGCAAGCAAGGUGCUGCAGUGAAUCAGCAAACUACGGAAGCCGUAGAGACCUUGCGACCAAAACUACAGAGAACACCGCACCAGCAGCUUCCCCCAAGAAGACCUGCUUGUACAUCUGGCCGAGAAAAUCUCGUCAGUUAAUUACAGUAGCACUUCAAUAAUUUACGAUAGCAUUUUAUUGUUUUAAGAAUUAACCAAUUUGACUUUUUUUUUUCUUCACGUUUCUUGCUGGGAGAGUAUGUUUAA